AUGAUUGAUGAUGAACACAAAGGCUCAAAUAAUAUUGGCAACAAUUUCGUUAUCCAAUAUCCCAUAUUUAUAAAGUCCAGGAGGGGUGGUCUUCUUCUGUCUAUAGGAGGUUACACUUUUAGCAGACAUUGCCAGUUGAGCAAUAAAUUUCGCUGGGCAUGCACACUUGCGAAAAGACAGGGCUGCAGGGCUGCAGCUUAUACAUGUACUAAAGAGGGCCAAGUGAUCGAAUGCAAUAAUGAACAUAACCAUCCGGUCAAGGGCGAAGAGCAGGCCGACGCCAGAUACGCAGAAAGUGCUUCGUUCAAAUUGACGAAACGCGGCAAUCUUCUAAUGAACCUCGAGGGGUUCAGCUACAGUCAGCACAAGUCGUACGGCAAUAAAACAAGAUGGGAGUGCACUCAACGCUCCAAAGCUCGUUGCAAAGCUGCCGUUGUCACUCUUACAGAAACCCAAAAGAUUCUCCGGCUAUAUGGCGAGCACAAUCAUUCUUAAACGAAAAAAAUAUAAAUUAAUUUGUAAACUAAUUAACUCGUUUUUCAAGUCAUAUACUUGAAACAAGGGAAGUCUCUUAUGGCUCCUACACAUAAUGCCGGCAUCACCGCCGCUGGCCUCCGCGGCCCAGAUGUGUGGCAAUAGCCGCAAAAACUUCCACAAAGCCGUUGAGCAUAUCAAAAAAAGACCAUAUUUUAGCAAGCUAAAGCUUUUUUUAUGUCCCCGCAUGUGGGCAAGCUGUGUACUAAUUAUUCCAGAAUCCAAAUUUUCACCUGUUCAGCUACAAUACAUUAUUACCAAAUUAAGCUCCUAAUAAUAAAAUUCUUGACAAUAAAUUACUCCGUCUCCUAGGUAUCCCCUCAUCUUUGACGAUGCUAUUCCGAUUUUCAUUGAUGAACACCAAAUAUGAGCAGUCCUCCAACAAAAUGUUAAAAC